CGUUUUGACGCCGCUUACAUACGGGUAGUGACGUAUGAAAGAGGGCAUUCAUAGAACGCUACGAUAUCGCUAUUUAUUCGCAGCUUUAAUAAAUGGAAAUGUUAGGAUAAUUGAAAAUAUCGUUUCCGAGCAAUGGCGCGCAUAGUGUUGGCGGGAGGAGCAUUGCUCUACGUCCUAAUCUUUGCGCUCGAGACCAGCGCACUUAUCCUCUUGCCACACGAUGUCCGCCCUGGUCACGCUAUUCGUCACUUCGUCAGCAAUCAUUCGCGAUACACUUUGCUUGAACCCGAAUAUGCUUCCUACUUUACUCUUCUCGACGACGGGCUUUUGAUGACAACAGCUGAUCUUGCGCCACUACUAAAUCAACCUCUUAAUCUCGCUGUUUUAGAGCAGACUCCAUUUAGUAGUUCGGCGCAUUCGGUGCAUCUUUUAGUAAUGGACCGACGAAAAAUGCUUCAUUUUACCGAAUCAAGUGGUUUGCAUGGUGAAAUUCCGGAGAAUUCUCCACCAGGAACUGUGGUUGAUAUUCCGCCAAUAAAAGCCACUGCGUUAUCUAACGUGGGCCCUAUAGCUUACAAGAUUAUACGUGGCAAUGAAGAAUUAAUUUUUGCACUUCGUGAUAAAGCUAUGAACACUGAUUCGGAAAUAAGAUCAGUAAUAACAGACGGCGAUGUAGAAAUUAUCGCAAAGAAAAGUUUAGAUGCUGAAAGUAAGAAAUUUUACGAUUUAAUUAUUCAGGCAACAGAUCUGCAUGGAAUAAAUAAGGCGAAUCUUCCUAUUAGAAUUAAUGUCGCUAAUGAAAAUGACCAUGAACCCAUAUUUGAACAAGAAAUUUAUUAUUUCGCCGUGAAUGGAACUUGCGAUAGUAGUUGUCAUAAUGGUUCAGCACAUUGGCAAAGAUUCUCGAAUAUAGGGAAAGUAAAUGCAUUUGAUAUUGAUGGCGAUCGCGUUUAUUACUCCGUCAAGACUCCUACAAAUUUGGCUGUUAUAGUACCCCAAACAGGGGAACUGAUUCUAGCUGGGGAACCAGAUGGACAUGAAGUCGAAUUACAAGUUUUAGCGCACGACACUGGAACGCCGCCGCGAAAAAGUCAACCCGCUCAAGUAUUUAUUGAAUUUAUUAUCCGCGAACGAAAAGAAUUACCAGCGCUACAUCGGGACAAAAGAAGAGUGACCCGUGCUGUUCGUCCAACGAAACGUAUUGAAUUCACUGAAGCCGAUGGUGAAGUUGAGGGACGUGCAGUGUUUACUCUUGAAAAAGAGACCGAUAGAGAGACUUUUAAAAUUCGGGACGAAAAUCCGUGGGUUACCGUUGAACCAAGUGGUGUGGUGAAAGUUAAAAAGAAGUGGGACUAUGAAGAAUUAGGCCCCGAGAAGACUAUCGAUUUUUGGGUUACCAUCACCAACGCUGGAAAUGGAGUGGCUCUCAAAUACACCGAUAAUCAGCGCGUAAUUAUUCACGUGAAAGAUGUCAACGACGAACCUCCUUACUUCAUCAAUCGUCCCUUGCCGAUGCAAACUGUGGUACAACUCAACGCGGCUCCCAAUACGCCAGUCUUCACUCUUCAAGCCAGAGAUCCAGAUACUGACCACAAUAUCCAUUACUUCAUAGUCAGAGAUAGGACAGGCGGAAGAUUUGAGGUAGACGAACGUUCGGGCGUGGUACGCACCCGUGGAACUGAUCCUUUCCAACUGGAUAUGGAAUAUGUACUUUACGUCAAGGCGGAAGACCAGAGUGGUCGUGUAGAUGAGAGAAGAUUCCAGUCAACUCCCGAAGAAAGACUUAGUAUCGUCGGUGGGAAACGGGCCCCGCAAUUUUAUUUACCGAGCUACGAGGCAGAAAUUGCUGAAAAUCAGAAGAAAGAUUCAGAUAUCAUUUCUGUAAAGGCCAAAUCGUUUGCGGAUCGCGAGAUUCGCUACACUUUGAAAGCGCAAGGUCAGGGGGCUGGAACCUUCAACAUCGGACCGACAUCUGGAAUCGUGAAGCUGGCCAAGGAAUUGGAUUUCGAAGACUUACGUCAACCUCAUGUCUAUUCCUUGGUCGUAACGGCCACUGAAGACUCCGGUGGUUUCUCCACUUCUGUAGAGCUCACGAUACGAGUGACAGACGUCAACGAUAACGCUCCGAAGUUCGAGCUGCCUGACUACCAGGCGCACAACGUCGACGAAGACAUUCCGCUCGGCACCAGUAUCCUCAAAGUGAAGGCCAUGGACGCUGACUCCGGGAAGAAUGCAGAGAUCGAAUAUUUAGUUUCAGAUGAUCACUUUAGUGUUGACUCCAACGGCAUUAUCACAAACAAUAAACAGUUAGAUGCCGACAACAAUAACGCCUAUUAUGAAUUCGUCGUCACUGCCAAGGACAAAGGAGAGCCAGCUAAAACUGGAACUGCGACCGUUAGGGUUUAUACUAAAAAUAAAAAUGACGAGGAACCAAAAUUUUCUCAACAAGUAUACACCCCUAAUGUUGAUGAAAAUGCGGGUCCGAAUACUUUAGUUACGACUGUUGUAGCCUCAGAUAAAGACGGUGAUAAUGUCCGCUUCGGAUUCGUUGGUGGUGGUACCAGUUCAGGCCAAUUCGUCAUUGAGGAAAUCACUGGUGUUAUAAGAUUGCAUAACAAAGCUAUAUCCUUAGAUCGAGAUAAAUAUGAACUCAAUGUUACCGCACUGGACGAUGGCGCCUGCUGCGUCAACGGAGACGCCACUAUACACACGUCGACUGCUGUAGUCGUUGUAUUCAUUACGGAUGUUAAUGACAACAAACCGAUAUUUAAAGACUGUCCCACAUAUUUUCCAAAAGUAGAAGAAGGGGCUCCCAACGGCAGUCCAGUCAUAAAAGUUCAUGCAACGGAUGAAGACAAAGGUGUCAAUGGCCAGGUUAAGUAUUCUAUUGUGCAACAACCAAAUCAGAAAGGUACUAAGUUCACCGUUGACGAAGAAACUGGGGAAGUUUCUACCAACAAGGUAUUUGACAGAGAAGGCGACGAUGGAAAAUUUGUAUCGGUAACCGUUAAAGCUACUGAUCAGGGAGAGCCGUCGUUGGAAGGUGUUUGUUCGUUUACAGUUGAGAUAACUGACGUUAACGAUAACCCCCCACUAUUCGACAGACAAAAAUAUGUGGAGAAUGUUAAACAAGAUGCCAGUAUAGGCACAAAUAUCUUAAGGGUAUCGGCAUCCGACGAGGAUGCCGAUAAUAACGGCGCCAUAGUAUAUACUCUGAGCGCUCCAUAUAACCCUGCCGAUAUAGAAUACUUUGAGAUCCAACCGGAAUCGGGAUGGAUAGUUUUAAAGAAACCUCUAGACGUAAGUAUUGAUAUCGAUUCGCAAUAAACGAUAACGAGAGAGAAAACUUGGCGAGAACGAUGAAUGAAAGGGAUCAACUUUACUGUAAAGUUUGGUGGAUGAAUGCUACCUACAGGCCCUAGGAUCGAAUUGGCACUACUUUAAGUUGUUACUGUAAAUAGCUCUAAAUUGUCGCUGCUGUACAUAGCUGGAGUGGCCCGGAGGAGUAGUUGUCCAUCAGGCGCGGCGCGGGGCGCGGCGCUUGUUCUUCUUCAGCAC